AUGGGCAUCCAUUACUUGCCUACAACCUCUACUUUUGAUCAUGCUCAAAAGGAUGGAACCGUCGCAGUUGAUUUCCCUGUGGCUGCAAUCCAGAAGAACUUUGAUUGGGUUCAUAUGAUGUCAUUUGAUUAUUUUGUGCCCCAACAAUAUAAAUUUGCUCACCCUCAUGCUGCAUUGUAUGACCCUUAUAAUCCUCAUGCUUGUACUGAGUAUGGCCUCAACCAAUGGAUAAGUAAAGGUCUACCAGCAAACAAGAUUUUGAUAGGGAUGCCUUACCAUGGCUGGGUAUGGACCCUUCUAAAUCCAAAAGAUAACCAGAUUGGAGCUCCGGCUUCAGGUCCAGGAAUCUACCCAGAUGGAUCAUUGGGCUACCGAUGGAUCAAGAGCUACGUGAAGAGUUAUGCGACUAAGAUUGUGUACAAUUCUACGUAUGUUGAGAAUACUUGCUCUUUUGGGUCUUUCUGGGUGGGCUUCAACGAUGUGGAUGCAAUAAAAACCAAGGUUUCGUAUGCUCAGAAGAAAGGCCUUCGUGGGCACAAUGUCUAUCAAGUUGGUAACGACGAUAACUGGGUCCUCUCUAAGGCUGCAAGUAAUUUAAAGUCUGAAAUAACAGGUGGAAAUCAGCUCAAUAAAAGGCCACUUUUAGUAAAGGUGUUGGUUCCUGCAGCUAGUAUCUGCUGUCUCAGCUUAAUCUUCUAUAUUCUCAGAGCAAGAAUGCUUAAUUAUUGCAGAUCUAAAACAACAGACACUCGAACCUUCAGUUAUGAUUCACCGGAUGUAAAAGCAUUUGGUUUUGAGGAUAUUAAUGAGGCCACAGAUAAUUUUUCAUUUUACAAGAAGCUUGGAGAGGGUGGAUAUGGACCAGUUUACAAGGGAAAAUUAAAGACAGGACAAGAAAUAGCAGUUAAGAGACUUUCAAAAGCAUCAAAGCAAGGAUUUGAGCAGUUCAAGAAUGAAGUAAUGCUCACUGCAAGACUUCAACAUGUAAACUUGGUUAAGGUGAUGGGAUUUUGCGUGGAAAGAGAAGAAAAGAUGCUUAUUUAUGAAUACCUUCCAAAUAGCAGCUUGGAUUUCUACCUCUUUGAUCCUGAGAAAAGUUUACAGCUCGAUUGGGGAAUUCGUGCUCACAUCAUUGAAGGAAUUAUUCAAGGCCUUCUGUACCUGCAAGAAUACUCGAGGCUAACGAUUAUUCAUCGAGAUCUAAAAGCUAGUAAUAUUUUACUUGACAAAGAUUUAAAUCCUAAAAUUUCAGACUUUGGCAUGGCAAGAAUAUUCGAAACAGACGAAUAUGAAGCAAAUACAAGAAAGAUUGUAGGAACAUAUGGAUAUGUCCCUCCGGAGUAUGUGAAGCAAGGAGUAUACUCCAGAAAACAUAAUGUUUAUAGCUUUGGAGUGCUGCUGCUACAAAUCAUAAGUGGCAUAUGAGUUGUGGAAACAAGAUGAAGGCAUGGAAUUUGUGGAUCCAGCAUUAGAUGAUUUAAAUAUCAAUUAUAAGCUAAUGAGAUGUAUGCAAAUUGCUCUAUUAUGUGUUCAAGAAAAGCAGGAAGACAGACCAUCCAUGCUGGAGAUUUCAGCCAUUCUCAAUAACGAAAUUGAACACAUUAUGAUCCCCAAAAGACCAGCGUUUUCUACCAAACCAGAUGCAGAUGCGGAGCCAACUCCAUGCUCACAACAUCUGAAUAAUUUUAAUUAUGAAUCAGUAAUAUCUGAGCUUGAACCUCGAUAAUGUUCUAUUUCCCCUGAUUCUCCUCAAUUUCCGUUUGUUUUGUAGAAUUAAUGCUAAACUUAUUUUGAGUUAGCAGGAUUAUAAAUGUAAUGUAUAAUUAGUCCCUCA